AUGAUAUCGAACGAUGAAUUAACGAUAGCAGAAUUAUUUGAUAUUGCUUUUGAUCUUCAACAACAACUUGAAACAAAUAAAAUUGAACAAAAACUUGAAACAUUUAAUAUAGCAAUAGAUCGUUUAAAACUUGCUGAACAAAAACUUGAUGAAUUACAUUUAUUUUCUGAUAAUGAAGAAAUAAAUGAAGUAUCAACAAAUGAAUUACGAUAUUUUAUUCUUUAUGCUUUAAUUGGUUGGCUUUAUGAAUAUCGUUCAUCAAAUCGUGAACAACGUUUAAAUGAUAUUCAUUUAGCAAUAUCAUAUUUUAUUAAAUAUUUACAAUUAUGUAAAAAUUAUGGACUUAUUCAACAUAUUCCAAAAGAAAAAGAUGAUGAUAAUGAAAAAUUUCGUUUACAUACAUCAGAAGAUCGUCAAACAAAAAUUCAAAAAUUAAAAGAAAAAAAAUUACUUGAACAAUCUAUUAAAAAAUUACGUGAAAUGACACAUAAUCAUGUUGAUGAUGAAAUUAAACGACAAUUAUAUAUUGAACAAAUUAAAUGGUGGAUUAAACAAACUGAAGAUGAUAUUAUUGAAUUGAAAGAUGAAAUUAAAUUAAUUCAAUUUUCUAAAGAUCCAUUUCCAUCAAAUAAUAAUAAUACAGUUACACCAACAUCAACAAAUAAAUUACCUAUUGAUGGACCAUUUACAUUAGUUACAACAAAAGAUCGAUUAUAUAAAGAAGCAGUUGGAGGAGCUGCCUAUCCAAGGUGAGAUGAUUCAUUUGAAUUAAUAUUUAAAACCAAAAACAUCACAGAACGGUUUUCUUCGUCCUGUGUUCUACAG